AUGGACAAAACACUAACCUGUAAUGCGAGAAACUAUCAAGCACUUGCAAAAACAGGAGAGUUAGUCAAAUUUGGAUUUGAAAAGGAGUUUACGAAGACAGAGAGCAAUGCAAAAGAUCACUCCGUGAUGGAAAACAGAGACGAUCACAAGGAAAAAGCGGAUAAUGUGGGCAAGCAAGCUUUGAGCGGAAACAAAAAUAACGACAAAUUAUUAGCAUCCUCAAUACAAGGAAAGCUUCGGAAGGAAUCUCCGUUACUAGAUCAAACUUGUAUAUAUAGAGUCCCUCAUAAACUGGUCAGGCACAACGAAGAGGCUUUCGUCCCAAGUUUGGUUUCAAUCGGGCAGUUUCAUCAUGGAGAAAAGAAGUUGCAGGCCAUGGAAGAAAUGAAGCUGUGGUACUUGCAUGGCCUCAUUGAACGAAAACCAAAUCAGAACAGCAGUUUGGAGACGUUCGUGGCAACAAUUAGGAGUAUGGAACAAUUUUGUCGUGAUUGCUACGACGAAAAAUUUGAUAAUCUGAGCAGUGAUAGAUUUGUAGAAAUGAUGGUGGUUGAUGGUUGCUUUAUUAUUGAACUUUUCCGCAGACCCCGUUUGAGGUACUCGGACCACGAUCCAAUUUUUAAAACGCCAUGGAUGUUGUCGACAAUUAGAGAUGACUUGUUGCUACUUGAAAACCAACUUCCUUGGAAAGUUGCUGCCUGUUUAUUUGACCUCAUAAAGGAAGAAAAUGAAGAUCUUCAGCAAUUUGCUGCGGGGUUUGCUACGUGGUUCUCUGAAAACGUAUUCGGCAUCUCAGUCUCAGUGCCAGUGAGAGACAUAUCGAGUGAAAGACAUUUCCUCGACAUCGCAAGAGGUUAUGCCCUUGGACAACCGUCCAGGGAGGAUCGUUUUUAUUUUUAUCACCCGAUUCCUUCAGUGACAGAGCUUCUGGAAAUCGGAGUGGAUUUUGAACGUACUCUGAACUUCACGAAACCUGAUCUGCUUGACAUUACCUUCGAAAAUGGGUUGAUGAGAAUCCCUCCACUGUGUAUUGGAGAGAAUGGAGAACGUUUCGUAAGAAACCUCAUAGCCUAUGAAUUGUGUGUCCCACAUCACGCAAAUUAUUACGCUACCUCUUAUGCAAAGUUGUUCAGUUGCCUUAUUAAGUCUACCAAAGAUGCCGAAUUUCUGAUGGCGAAAGGAAUUAUAGAAACGCAGUUGAGCAAGGAGGACAUAGCCUGUUUCUUCACUAGGGUUUGCAAGGACAUUGAAAUUGAAGGCGGCUUGCUAUACUUCGCUGGCCUCACCUUCUCUGUGAGCAUGUAUUGUGAGCGUCGCUGGCUAAGGAGUUGGCUCACAAUGAUCAAACGAGAUUAUUUAUACAAUCCAUCAUCAAUCUGGUCUGUUUCCAGUGGGGUCGUCGUUAUUCUCAUUCUUACCAUCACACAGACAAUUUAUACUGUUCUCUCCUACUACAAGUAA